UUGCAAGUGAUGAUAAACCUUAUUGUAAAAAUUUAUUUCGUAAUCGAUCGAAUAUUUUUCUUACACCAGAGUCAUUUUCUAUGGGUGAUGAUUUAAUAGCACUUUCACUUUGUGAACAUUCAAUCAUAACAGGUGGAACAUUUGGCUGGUGGACAGGUUAUCUUGCUAAUGGUAAAGUGAUCCAUGAUAAAGUAUAUCCAUCUGGAUGUCAAAGACCUGAGUAUUAUUAUCCACCAUGCGAUGAUAAGUCUUAUUGUAAAAGUUUGUUUCGUAAUCGAUCAAUUGUUUUUCUUACACCAGAAUUAGUUUCCAUUGGUGAUGAUUUAGUAACACUUUCACUUUGUGAACAUUCAACCAUAACUGGUGGAACAUUUGGAUGA